AUGGAUCAAUGCCAGGAUAUUAUUUGCAAGUGUGACAGUAUUCAAAGUGAACUAUGUCAAACACUUACUGUUGCAAUUUGUAGUGUAUAUAAAAGAAUUUUUGAAACAGAAACAAAAUUUUCAGGACCAGCAGUAAUGGGCUUUGACAUACCUACUAUUUCUAAUGUACUGCUUCAAGACUUGCAAUUUCGAUCAUAUUUCUUUUCUCUAGACAAAUUACGAAUUUGGAUUAUGAGCGUAGGAAAAUCUAACAAAUCCAAAUGGAAUUUAGCUGAUAUUGGUUACAAGGCAACUUUCAUAUAUACAUUUAAAAAGCAAAGGUAUGUUUUUGUUCAAGAAUUUGAAGAAGAUGAAUGCACUCUUAUAAUUUAUACAGGAGAAAAUAUAAAACUAUGUUCUUUUACCAAUUGCGAUCUUGAAUCUUUGUGGAAAAAAGUUGGCAUAUUACAACAAUAUAAUGAUAAACUUCUUUUUGGUUUAGAGGAACCUCAAACACAACAUUUUAUUCAAAUUUUAUGUAUACCCAGUUGUACAUUGAAUGAUUGGAAUGAUAGUAAUUUGAUGGAAUCAAUUUUCGCAUAUCAUCUUAAACGCAGGAUUUCAACGUAUGUGAAUAAAUGUGGUUUGGAAGGACGAACACAAAUUUUAUCAAUAAUAGGAGGAAGUUUUACUUAUGAUGAAAUCAAAAAGAAUCUAGAAGUGUCUAAUGAUGCAAUUCGUUAUACUCGUAAGCAUGCACAUUUAUAUGGAGUUGGUGAAAAGGCAUUUAAAAAACCUAUUAUAACGUAUAAAAAUUUUUCUAAAGAAAUACAACAACAACUACAAGCUUUUUUAUUAGAUAAAGCACAUAUUGUUAUGAGUUCCUAUAAAACCGAUCCAGUAACUAAUGAGCCAGUUCAUUAUCUUAAGCAUACCAAAGAAAUAUUGUGA